AUGGAAGAGUACACAACUCAUGGAUUCACCCUCAUCAGUGCUGUUCUGGAGAAGGCCUCAGGAAAGGAUUUCAAGAAGUUGAUUGAAGACCUUACGUUCGAUUUAGGGAUGAGGAACACUACUCUAGACACCAAUUCUAAAAUCAUCCCACAUCGCACAAACUACUAUAACGUACAAGAAACAACAUCUGGAGAUUGCCCUGAAGUGGACAACUCUUACAAGUGGGCAGGCGGCGGUCUACUUUCCAACGUGAAGGAUCUUCUCAUUUUUGCUAAUGCUAUCCUCUACAGCCAUCAAGCUGGUCCAAAUGCCAAAAAUGCUCUCCUGAAAAAAGACGUAAUCCAACAACUAUGGGAAGGAGAAAUAUCGGUGAACAACAGGACGCUUGCUGGACUUGGCUGGAUGCGAAUACCUGCCGCAGAUGACUACUGCGGAAGCGAGAAAGCCAGCUCACUUGGCGGGCUCUGGUAUCAUACGGGUGCAGCUGUUGGCGCGUCAUCGGUACUACUUAUACGUCCAAAAUCGUCAAAAUUGCCUAAUCAAGAACCUCCAGCUGGUGUGUGCGUGGUGAUGUUAUGCAACCUUCAAGACACUUCAUUACUCAAUUUGGCCAAAGAAGUUCGAGGAAAUAUUCAGAGAUUGAGCCUAACUUAG